UUUGUGCUCCUUUCUGACGAGCAUGAAGAUCUGUAUUGUGUGCAAGACUUGCUUUACAAAUAUGUAAUGCUUAUUAUUGUACACAUAUAUAAAUAGUUAAUUUUCUAAAUUUACCGUAACAUUUCAAAAAAAAAAAAAAAGGGACAAUGUUGUGCGGCAUAAGAAAUUGCAUAACAUCUGGGAUAAGGUGUAUUUCGUUAUUUCGUCAAAGUAAUAAGCGGUAUGAGAUAAACAACAAUAGUGAGUUUGUAAACAAAGUAAUGAAUGGCACAGUACCGGUCAUAGUUAAUUUUCAUGCGGAUUGGUGCGAUCCGUGUAAAAUAUUAACACCCAAGCUAAUUGAACUCAUAGAACCUAUGGAGAAAGUAGAUCUGGCCAUAGUCGAUGUGGAAGAAAAUCCAGAAUUAGUGCAUGUUUUUGAGGUGAAAGCUGUACCUGCGGUAAUAGCAAUUUCAAACGGCCUAGUUGUAGAUAAGUUCAUUGGUUUAGUCAAUAACGAGAUGAUAGAGAAUCUAAUACAGAAGCUAACGCACGAAGGACCAAUAAAUACAGAAAAUGAGAACACCAAGACGUAGUUGUGGUAAAGCACAAUGGUAACUUUCUAUAAUAUACGUGUAAUCACCUCAUGCUUCCAUUUUCUCUAUAGACUAUUUUCAUAUGUGUAGAGAAAAUGUCAAUUUCAAGUUCACUCCGUCUGUGACUCAAGGCCUUUUUUAUCUAAUCAAUAUCAGAUAAACGUUGUAUAGAGAAAAAUUUUUAGAUAUAUUUAUGUUGUGAAACGUUGUAUGUAUUAUAUAUAUAUACAUAAUA